CGCCCGCGCGCCGAACCUUCCAGAACCCCACCCACCUCAGAUUCUCCCCUCCUCCUCCUCCCGGGAAGAUGGCCGUCGUCGAGACCUCCGCCGCCCCCGCCGCCGCCUCCAACCACCCCGACGGCGCCGACGCCGGGGAGCGCGAGAUGCGGGAUCUGGAGGAGCUCCUCUCCAAGCUCAACCCCAUGGCCGAGGAGUUCGUGCCGCCCUCCCUCGCCGCGCACCCCGCCCCUCCCCCGCCCCCGCACCCGCUCUACGCCGCCGGAUACUACCCCAACGCCGGCUUCGCGCCGCCCAUCGCCUCGCCGGGCCACCGCGGGGUCGUCGGGUUCCCCGCCGCCGACGGCUUCGGCGGACGCGGCGGCAGGAAGAAGUUUGGAGGGUACGGCGGCGGCCCCGGCGGCGGCGGCGGCGGGUACCCCCACGGGGGCAAGCGCCGGGUCAACAGCCGCACCGGCCAGGCGCAGCGCGACGAGGUCAUCCGCCGGACCGUCUACGUCUCCGACAUCGAUCACCAGGUCACUGAAGAGCAACUAGCUGCACUAUUUAUCAACGUGGGGCAGGUUGUGGACUGCCGCAUGUGUGGGGAUCCAAAUUCAGUUCUCCGCUUUGCUUUCAUAGAGUUUACUGAUGAGGAGGGUGCAAGGGCUGCUCUGAGUCUGUCAGGAACUGUUCUUGGAUAUUAUCCUGUCAGGGUUUUGCCAUCAAAAACUGCUAUUGCACCAGUCAAUCCAACUUUUCUGCCAAGGUCUGACGAUGAGCGUGAGAUGUGUGCAAGGACUAUUUACUGCACAAACAUUGACAAGAAGGCAGAUGUGAAAUUAUUCUUCGAAUCAAUAUGUGGAGAGGUCUAUAGGCUGAGGUUGCUCGGGGACUACCAGCAUAAUACUCGGAUUGCCUUUGUGGAGUUUGUUAUGGCUGAAAGUGCUACAGCUGCUCUCAACUGCAGUGGUGUGAUACUAGGUUCCUUGCCAAUAAGGGUGAGUCCAUCUAAGACUCCCGUGCGUCCCCGCGCACCUCGGCCGGGGAUGAACUAGAUGUUGUAGGUACAGGAGGUGCUGAUGGCACUGCUUAUAUAUAGAGAUCGACAUAUGUGAAAGAGAAAUUAAGAUAUGUCUUUUCUUCUCCGCUCGACUUUCAUUUUAUUGUACCCUCUAUAUGCGGAGCAGAGGGGAAAUAGAAAAAUCAGAGAAACGGGUCGUCGGUGUUUACCUUUUGCACAUAGAGCUUCUUAGAAGCGGGCUUGAACUUCUUGUCCUUCAUGCAGCAAGGGAAAACUCCUGGACGUGUCUUUGUUCAGUUGUUUGCUGUGUCUUAUUUGCUACUAACUGGAAAGUUGUAGCAAGUCGCUACCUGCAAAAUGAUGAGCACUUGCCA